UUUUCAUUUGCAUAACCACCAGGAAGUUACAGUAAGCUAACCAUUUAGACGUCGUACCGACCUUCCUUCACGGGUAGUUCUGGGGAUUUACCUUCAUGAGACAUUUCGUGGACUCCUCGUGUGAAUGGCAUCUAAUUUAUUGUCUGUCUAAGUAUAGCCUACUGUAUUAUACAGUAAAUGCGCGUUUGCACAUUUAGAGAUAGUUUUUCCUUUGUUUCAAUCGUGACGUGUGCGCUACAUUUAUGAUUCCCAAUGACAAUUGGAAAUGUGUUGUUGUUUUUGAGCUGUGAAAAUGAUUCGCGGAAGGAAAGCUACUUGCUUUUGACCUAACGAAAAUGAAGUUACUUCUCACGGUGGGAUUGUUGUUGGCGUUUGUCUCUACUUCAUCAAGUCUACGGAUUUUGGAAUGGCCCACACUAAACUGUACUCAAGAGGGUUUGAGAUGCGAAGCCAACAUCAAUAACUGCCUGGAUCCUGGGUGGUUGAAGCCUUGGCGCUACACUCCUAGCAGCCCAGUGAACCUAGAGGUGGAGCUGGACACUAGAAAAGAUGAGGAGGGACACCUGGUGCCUGUUUUAGUGGCCCGAUGGAAUGCUCAGGAUGACGGAAGCAUUAGUUCCCUGAAAGGAACAGAGCUUCAUGUUUUGAAGGAAGCCACAAACCAGAAUCUGUGUGUCCGGUAUGAAUUCUUCGACAAGAUGUCCAUGCGUAACCCAGCAUAUGAAAAGUGGUCUUUCUCCCUGGAUCGAGUGGUGGUUGAACCCGGCCUGUCAUACAUUGUCUCAGUCUCCAACCUCCCCAAACCCAACCUGAAACACUCUGGUUACAACAUCGAUAAACAUAUCACUGUGCCCGAUUGUAAAGAUCCCAAGAUUCAGAGGAGCAAGGUGUGUUUGGAGAGCGGGAGUCUGUGGAGACCUAACACUACGCUGGAGCGGUCUACUGGACCACGAGGCAGAACCACGCUCACUGUUGGGUUCAGUACAGACCAGCACUCACACAACUACAGAGUCUCACUACUGUGCUCCAGCAACAGACAAUGGCAGGACACAGACAUGACCAACCAGACAUGGCUGACUGUAGUGUUUGACCUGGAGAAGUGGCCCCAGACCUGUUGCUAUUUUGAUGUGGAGAUCCAUCCGUUUUUUAGCCGUUGCAACAACGACUGUGUACGAAGAAGGAAAACGUUUAACAUAUGUGAGACCUCUCCAACCGUGUUACUGGGAGAUUCUUCAUCUCCUAAAGUCUACACAGCCGCAGCAGCCGCGGUGGUACUGCUGGUCGGUGGAAUGGUCUGUUGUCUCGUCUGUCAACUACGGACACGGAGAAAGAAAGUCCCACCAGGCCCCUAUCCCCCAGCUGUAGAGCCAGAGGCCCAGACUCCUCAUCUGCCCAGGGUUCCUCCCAAGGUGUUGGUGAUCUACUCUCAGGACCAUCCUCUCUACAGGAAGAUAGUGCUGAAGCUCUGUGCCUUCCUCCAGGCCAAGUGUGGAACUGAGGUUGUGUUGGACCUUCUGGACACAACCUGGCUGGGCACUGUGGGGAGACUACCCUGGCUGGAGUGGCAGAGACAACAGGUCAACAAAUCAUCAGACAAGAUCCUGGUCCUCUGUUCUCGUGGCGUCCAGGCCAAGUGGAGGGCGAUGUGUGGCCAGAGACGUGUGACGUUAAGAGAGGACCUCCGGUCGCCCAUUGACGACAUGCUGACGCCGGCCCUCAACCUCUUCCUGCCCGACAUGCAGCAGGCCGCCGCGCUGGGGAAGUACAUGGUGGCCUACUUCGACGAGGUCGGCAGCGAGCGAGACGUGCCGUCUGUCUUCGACAUCGCUGUGAAGUACAAGCUGAUGAAGCACUUUGAGGAGCUCUGCUUCAGGAUCCUGGACCAGGAGAAGUACGCACCGGGACAGGUCAGCCACAUCGAGGGGAUCGGAGUGGAAGAGUACUUCAAAUGUCCAUCGGGGAGGGAUCUGCGUGACGCCAUCGAAGCCUUCCAGGCGUUCCAGUUAGAGAACCCAGACUGGUUUGAACAGGAGUGUGUUGACAUCAACGCAGAGGAGGAAGUGUUCGCAGUAACAGAGUAUGACGCUCUACUGGAAAAGCCGGUCGCGCCUGUUCUAGAGUUUGUUCCAGAAUACAGGAAUGGGCCACCUGUUCUAGAGUUUGUUCCAGAGUUCAGGAAUGGGCCACCUGUUCUAGAGUUUGUUCCAGAGUUCAGGAAUGGGCCACCUGUUCUAGAGUUUGUUCCAGAAUACAGGAAUGGGCCACCUGUUCUAGAGUUUGUUCCAGAAUACAGGAAUGGGCCACCUGUUCUAGAGUGUGUUCCAGAAUACAGGAAGGGGCCACCUGUCCUAGAGUGUGUUCCAGAAAACAGGAAGGAGCCUCCUGUUCUAGAGUGUGUUCCAGAAUACAGGAAGGGGCCUCCAAUCUCCAGCUAUGAUGUAGAGAUCAAUGAAGACAACCAGGGAGUCCAGGUCUCGACUCCUGAAGUGAAACUGGAAGGUCACGGGACGUGUGUGCUGGAGCUUCUUCCAAGGGUCAACUCUGACAGCCACCAGGUGUACCCGUCAUACCCAGUCGUUGAGGCCCCACCCGGGGGACUUAUCUCUGAUCUGCACCCCAAUGCCCUGGAGAGUCAACCCUGCGGGUUGGCAGAUCUUCUCCCGAGUGAGCCACCCUUGGCCAGAGAGAACUGUCUCCACCUACAGGAGAGGUGGGGAACAGCAGACCGUUGCCCUCUAGAGAACGAGGAAGAGGAGGAGGCAUACAGUCCUUCUUGUCAACCCUCUGUUGACACCCUGGAACAACUCAUGUCUCUCCAGCUGUCACUCUGUGGUCUCAGUGCUAUCCCAGAAAUCACCUCUGUGUCCACAGAGAACGGCUACCUAUCACAACCGCGUGGAGAGAUGGACCUAUCACUUCCUGUCAAGAUGGGCCAAUCACGUCUGUCCUUCAGCUCCAUCCAGGUUACCCCACCUGUACCGAUGGAUCGUCAGAUUCAGUACCUCCCUCCCCUGCCAGAGAUAACCCACUCCCAGCCGGUAGAGAUGGAGGAGGGUGGGGAGGUGAUGAAGCCUGCUGCCCAGGAGAAGAGACCCGUCAGUGGGUCAGACCUGGGCUAUAUCUCCAGGAGCUCCUACCAGCAGGACUCUUCUGUCCACUACCCUGUAGGAGAGGACAGCGACAGUCCACUGGUGGCACUGGCCAGGCUACAACAGGCUCUCUACCUAAACCAUUAAAUACUCUGGCUUCUGCAAUAAAAUGCGGGAGAGAACGUUCUAGAAAACAGGUGUUAAUCAUAUACUCUGGAUCAUAAACACGUUAGUUGUUCAGCGUCGUCUUUUCAUAUUGUUAUAACACUAUUGUCUAUAAAAGUUUUUCCUGAUUUCCUGUUUGAAAUGAUGAACAAACCUGGAGUCAAUGAAUCAGCCAAUGGGUUUGUACGGCAUAAUCUAUAUAUUUAGUUCUGACAUCACUUCCUUAUAUCUGGUUGUACAGGACAAUAAAAAGUGAUCGUGUCCAUAUUUCAGAUAUACACAACAUUCUA